GCCCCCAACGGCCGGCCUCAGUCACCAUCACAACCGCGGGAGGGCGGCGCGCGAAACAGCAGUCACCACCACCGUCCGCACCGAACAAGCCGCCGCCAUGAGCAGCGAGGCCGAGACCCAGCCGCCCGCCGCCGCCCCCGUCCCCGCGGCGGCCCCCGCCGCCGCGCCCGCCGACUCCAAGCCAAACGGCGGCACCGGGAACGGGAGCGGCCUGGCCUCGGCGGCGCCUCCCGCCGGCGGGGACAAGAAGGUCAUCGCAACGAAGGUUUUGGGAACAGUGAAAUGGUUCAACGUGAGGAACGGUUACGGCUUCAUCAACAGGAAUGACACCAAGGAAGAUGUGUUUGUCCAUCAGACUGCCAUAAAGAAGAAUAACCCCAGGAAGUACCUCCGCAGCGUAGGAGAUGGAGAGACCGUGGAGUUUGAUGUGGUUGAGGGAGAAAAGGGCGCGGAGGCAGCCAACGUUACAGGACCUGGAGGAGUUCCAGUGCAGGGCAGUAAAUACGCAGCAGACCGUAACCAUUACAGACGAUAUCCACGUCGUAGGGGCCCUCCACGCAACUACCAGCAAAACUACCAGAACAGUGAGAGUGGGGAAAAGAACGAAGGAGCAGAGAACAUACCAGAAGGUCAAGCCCAGCAACGCCGUCCCUAUCGCAGGCGGCGGUACCCACCUUACUAUAUGCGUAGGCCCUACGGGCGUCGUCCACAAUAUUCCAACCCUCCCGUACAGGGAGAGAUAGUGGAGGGUGCUGACAACCAGGGUGCAGGAGACGGCAGACCAGUCAGGCAGAACAUGUACCGGGGUUACAGACCACGAUUCCGCAGGGGUCCUCCUCGUCAAAGACAACCUAGAGAGGAUGGGAAUGAAGAAGAUAAAGAGAACCAAGGGGAUGAGACCCAAAGUCAGCAACCACCUCAACGUCGGUACCGCCGUAACUUCAACUACCGACGCAGACGCCCAGAGAACCCUAAACCACAAGAUGGCAAAGAGACGAAGACAGCCGAACCACCAGCUGAGAACACGUCCGCUCCCGAGGCCGAGCAGGGCGGGGCUGAGUAAAUACCGGCUUAACAUCUCUACCAUCAUCCGG